AAGAAAGGCGAAAGCCGUAAGUUAUACCACCACCACCAACAAAACAGCAACAAUAAUAAUAACAACAAUAAUAAAACACGUUGUAGAUCCAUCGUGGAUCACAAUGUAUUGCAAUACAAGUUACAUUUAAAGAGUGCCAUAUUUUUACAUGUAAUUAAAAAAGAAAUAUUGUAUAUUUGGGUACAAUAUGUGUAGAUGUAAAAGAGAGAAGGAUAUGUUUAAAAGUUGUUUUAUUUUGCCUUAAUGUAUCAAAAGGUGUAAUUUCUGUGCGGUUCUUCUUCUCUGUUAUAGUGAUAUAUGUAUUUCGGUGUUUUAAACCCAGCCCACUGGAGAAGGUGGGGUUUGUCGGAAUGCGAGUGUGGAAAAAAAACACACAGAACAGUCGGCCGCGCUGCAUUGUGGGAAGUCAUUGGUCCUCCAGCGUACAGUCUCCAAACCCAUCCAUCGUAAAAAUGGCUGCCUCGGCGGCAGCGGCGGCUUCUUCCACCGGGUUGUGCCCAAGCUUCGCCGUGAUCUGCUCUUUUUUAGAGCGUUAUGGGGCCCUUUUGGAUCUGCCGGAGCUGACGUUCACGCAGCUGGAGCGCUAUCUGCAGGAAACGUCCACAGUUCCGAAGCUGCUGGUAGACCUCCAUGUAAAGCUGCUUCGGAAAAUCGGGAAGUCUGUUUCUGCAGACAGAUGGGAGAAAUAUCUUGUAAAGAUCUGCCAGGAUUUCAAUACCACCUGGGCAUGGGAACUGGAAAAGAAGGGAUAUCGUGAGAUGACUGUGGAGUGUAAGACUGGAAUUCUCAAGUAUUUGUGUGAAAGCCAGUUUGACGACAAUGUCAAGUUCAAGACAGCCAUCAACGAAGAAGACCCUGAUAAAAUGCGUCUUCAGCCCAUUGGCAGAGAUAAAGAUGGCCUGAUGUAUUGGUUCCAACUUGACCAGGCUCACAACGUGAGGGUGUACGUGGAGGAGCAGGAUGAUUUAGAUGGCUCAUCCUGGAAAUGUGUUGUCAGAAACAGAAAUGAUCUGGCACAGAUCCUUGCCCUCCUGAAGACCCAGAUUGAUCCUUCACUGUUGGUCAAAAAGGAUCAGGAGGAAGGUUCUACUAGUAUCAGCCCAAACCCAGAAACAGAAGAAAACAAGAAGAAAGAGGAUGAUGCAGAGAAAGACAAGGAUCUGAAUGAAGAGAAGUCUCUCAGAACUGAAGAUGCAACAUUAGGGCAAACUGAUAAUAAAAAGCAAGAAAUUGCAGAGGAAACAGAAGCACUAAUGGACAAAGACACUAAAGAUGUCAAAUCUGAAAAGCCUGAUGUAGUCGAGAAAAUCGUUAGCAAAGUGGUUAAAAUGGAGCCCAUGGAAGUGGAUGAUCAAGCAAUCAACAGCACAGCAUCAGAGUCAACAUCGGAAAAGAAUGGUGGCCUGCUGAUUUCAGAAAACACAGAGGAGGUGAAGAAGAAAUCGGAUGAGAUACAGAAAACUUUGAAAAAUGACCAGCAGGCUAAGAUCCCCCUGAAAAAGCGUGAGAUGAAACGAAGUGAGGAUUUUGACAAUAGCAAUUGUGGUGGCAGCAGCAUCAUCGUGCGUAACCCAGCUGUGAAAGAAGUGCGGCCCACCGGAGAAGAAAAUGGAUUGAGCAGUGAGAAUCUCAACGGGAUUGUCUCACCUCCUGCAGCGAACCAAACUUGCACAGAGGAAUCCAUGGAAGAGAUGGAAACUGCUGCUUCUAAGGGAGAUCAAAAAACAUCAACAAAGCCAGAAGAGGCAGCUCAGACAACUAAGAAAUCAUCUGAAUCUACAGCGACCCAGAUGCAAACUGAUUUGAAGAAGGCUGAAAAGCCAGCCAAGAUGGACGUUGCAAAAGCCUCAAAGCCUCUCGACGAGGAAGCACCUGAAAAGUCUUGUGUGAUGAAACCUACGGACAAAGCUGAGAUUGACAAGAAAACAGAGACCAUAAAAGAGUGUCAAUGUCCUAAUGAGAGAGAGAUGGAUAACAAACAAGAAGAAAUAAUAAAACAUGAGUCUGGUCAGACUGAUAAAAAGGAUGAUACAGCCUUGAAUAAGAAUGCAGAUGCUGCAAAAGAUGACAAAACACAAACGGGGCCUGACACUGAGACACCUACAUUACAACACUCUAUAAAGCAGCAAAGCACUGCUCAUGAACAAAGUAAGCUUACUGUCAAGACAGUGGACAAGCCUAGCAUGUCUGAAGCAUCAUCUACAAUUCAGAAGGACUGUGCCUUAAUGGAAGGUGAUAAACCUGAAUCAGGUUCCACAGAGCAAACAAAGAAACAGGAGCUACCUAUAGUGGAGAAAAUCCCAAUUAAGGAAAAGGAAGACUCUGAACCUUUAAAUAAAAAGGAGAAAUUGCUAGAUGAUUCAAAUACAUCCAAGGAGAACGAAAAACCAUCCUCGCCAAAAGCUAAUGAAAAGACUGAAGACUGUGUGACUGUGUGUGAAGUGCCCAACAGGGAACCUGCAGCAAAAGCAUCUUUAAAAUCAGAUCGUGACCCAACGUCGGAUAAUGCAACUAUUAGAAAGAUAGAAGGAACUAAUUCAAUUAGUAGCCAAAAAGAUAAAGAAUCAGCAGAUCAGGAGAAACCAGAUGCUCUGAAAAUGGCUGAGGAACCUCCUCCUGCUGUAUCCAAAACAGAGGAAGUAAUAAAUGAGGAAAAGACUGAAGGUGUUUCAGCAGAAAACAAAAAUGAUGAGGUAUCCACAGAAAACAAAGAUGCUGAACAUCAAAAGAAGGCUUGUAGUGAGAAAGUUGGGCAGGAUGAGACUCCUGUUAAGGAGAACGAGGCUUCUACGAGGGAGUCCAACAAAAAUCAGAAAGAAAAUGGUGAACAAAAAAGUACUUCUGAGGAGGAAACGAGUGUUAGUGGGGAAUUGGCCAAAGACCAGAAUCAAGCAAAGGAAAAGGAGACUGCUGAGAUGAGUCAAGGAGAAAACGAGAGCAAAGUGGUGUCAGAUGUACCGCAAGAAGGUAUCCGUCUAAAAAUCAAGGUCCCAGCUCACAAGCGAAGAGCAGAGCUGCAGCGAGAAGAGGGAAAGGGUGACUCUGAGACUGAGCCAAGUGAAGGGCGAUGUCUAAGGCGCUCGCCGAGGAUUUGCAGACCAACGGCCAAGGUAGCAGAAAUCCACGAUCGGAAGGUAGAGAAGAAACAGGUCACGCCUUCGGUCGAGAAGGAGGAAAAUGAAGAAAAGGAGGGAGAUGAAAAUACGGUACAAAAAAAGCCAAGAGAAAAGAAGGUUGAUCAAGAAGGACAAGCUAAACCAAAGGGAAGACGGCAAAGGCGGGUGCGCUGGUCCAGGGUCCGGUCACGACGCAAAAAGAAAGAGUCUGAGGAAGAUGAGGAGAGUUCGAGUGAGGAAGAGGAGACAGAGGAGGAUGACAGUGACGAGGAUUACCAGGUGAAAAAGAAAAGGAGAAGGAGAAACCGCGAUAGGAACAGCUCUGAUACUUCUACCUCGUCUUCAGAUGACCUUCCCCCAAACGAUGACCCCUGCAAACACUGUGGCCUGCCAAAUCAUCCUGAGCUGAUUCUGCUGUGCGACUCAUGUGACAGCGGGUAUCACACAGCGUGUCUUCGACCUCCUCUCAUGAUCAUCCCUGACGGUGAAUGGUUCUGUCCGCCGUGCCAACAUAAACUGCUUUGUGACAAGCUUGAAGAGCAGUUACAGAAUCUAGAUGUUGCCCUUAAAAAGAAGGAACGUGCUGAGCGGAGGAAAGAGCGACUGGUCUACGUUGGAAUCAGCGUUGAGAAUAUAAUCACACCUACUGUUGAAACAGAGGAAGUAAAACAAGAAGAGGUGGUGAAAGAGAAGAAGGAGGCCAAGAAAAGCAGGUCCUGGGGCCGAAGAUCAACCAGGGCAAAAAAAUAUAUAAGCUACAGGUUUGAUGAGUUUGAUGAAGCUAUCGAGGAGGCAAUUGAGGAAGAUAUCAAAGAGGCUGAGGGAGGAGGAGCAGGCCGUGGCAAGGACAUGGCGAAUAUCACAGGCCACCGAGGGAAGGACAUAUCCACCAUUUUGCAGGAAGGAGGGAAAGAAAAUGGGCGGCCUAAGCGUACAAAUGCUGGACAGCGAAAGAAAAAACGGCGGCGCCUCAACGAUCUGGACAGCGACAGCACCGUGGAUGAAGAGGAGAGCGAAGAAGAGUUCCGCCUCAGUGACAGCAGUGAGGAGGAGGAAUUUGUGGUGUCUGAAAAUGACGUGGACAGCGAGGGAGAGGGGCAAUCCUUUGACAGCGACUUCGGCAGCGACGGCCAGGGACCAACUACAACAAUUUCAUCGAGGCGGAGACCGACUAAACGGUUGAACACACGACCCCGCAGGCGCCGCAGACCUAGGGGAUACUCUGAUGAUGAAGAGCUCGAGGAUACUGAUGAUGAGGAGGAAGAGGAAGAAAUAGUGACUGAAGGUUCCAGUGAGUUUAGUGACAGUGACCUGGACAUGCGCAGACGUCGUUCCCACCGGAGCCAGAAAAAGGAGGUCAAUUACUGCGAGGCAUCUGACUCUGAUGGCUCCCAGGGAAGCACUAACAGGGACAAGGCCAAGAAGCGUAGACUCUUAUCCAGCUCCGAGAGUGAUGAGAGCUUCCAUUCUAUGAACUCUGACGAGGAAGAUAGAAAGAGUAAAAAGCAGGGUGUAGUCCUGUCGGAAGAGGAGUCUCGUAAACGGCGCAGGCGCCUGUCAUUAAAGCGCAGAAGGGAGUCUGAAGACGACGACAAUAGCAGCAAUUCGGAUGAUUCAGAGGAAGAGGAACGGCCUGUCCGCAAACGGGUAAACCGAAUUGAUUCGGAUGACAGCGACGAGGAGGAAAAAGAGAAGGAGGAGGAGAAGAAGAACACUGAGAAAGAGCCAGAAGAUGGUGCAGCAAAACGAUCGAGCCCUCUAGACUAUAACCUGGAACUUCCUCCUGCUAACGGACAAAGCCCUAUGAAAUCUCUGGAGGGUUUGGUCCCACGGCCUGCCUCUGGCGUGGCUAACCCUGCUCUUACGAGUCAAAUAGGGCUGAAAAACAACAGCGCUCCACAGCCAGUGUCUGUCGGUGCCAAUGGACUGGUUCCCCAGGAGGUGGCGCCGCAGGAUGAAGAUGAGGAUGACCUGUUUGGGGUCACAGACCUUGUAGACUAUGUCUGCAACAGUGAACAGAUGUGAACAGUCUGUCCGUUUUUUUUUUUUUUUUGUCUCCCCAUUUGUGUCCAAGCUCCCAUCACGUUUCUCAAUAAUAUCCCUUUAUUAUUUUUGCUUUCGUAUCAUUGCCAUGCUUCACACAGUGGUCCAUGGACCUCCUCACAGCAGGCUCGGUGUUCUGCAAAAAAAACAAAAAAACAGUGACAACUCUGGCGAUGUAGCGAGCAGGGUACCAGAAGACUCAAGACUCCAUUUUGCUCGCUACUUCGAGCCGUCUAAGCCACUGCAUGAACAUCCUUAGCUUGACCUCCAUGUUAGUCGCUGCUGGCUGAUUGAAGCACCUAAACACCGGUUGUAAAUAAAUUCACCAAAACUAAGGUGUUGUCAGUGGGGCCCGUCAUUAAAAGAUUCCCUAAGACAGUUUUAUUUUUUUAAACUUUUGUGAAUAAUAUACCAAGCCUUUUGGAAAACAUAGAACCUUUCAAUCAUCUAUUUUACACUAAUGUAGCCAUUCCUUCAGAAACAAAAACCAGUUUCAUUAAAUAUUCUUUCAUUUCUUUGUUGUCUAUUUACCCAAAUGUUCUUAUACUGCACUGUUAUAGAAUUUGUUUUCGGGGAGGGUUGAGAAAUCAGAGAGAUUAACAUGGAUCCAAGGCACCAAAAAAAAAAACCUCUCAAGAAAUACAGCCGAGCCAAGGUCUAGACAUUGUUACCAGCUUUUAUUACAACCAUAUCUCUGACUGUUAAGAAAAUCAUGUAUUGUAUGCCCCAUUUUUUUAAAUCAUUUAUUUACAACACAUUGGUGAAUAAUGAUUUUUUGUUGUUGUUUAAAGCUGGUUGCUUUUGUACCUGAUUUAAAAGCUGUAGGUUGGUUUUGUUAUGCUAUUUAUUCUUUAAAAUUAUUUAACUAAUUGCAGUUCAAUCUUCUAUGGAUUAAUGAGAGCAGCAGAUGUGAAUUCUCUGGAAUUUCACAAUAUGGGGGAAAAACAACAAACUUUUUUUUUUAAGGAAGCAUUUGGAUGUGGGACUUAAAAUGUUCCAUUAUUCAGUCGUCUUGUUCAUUAUGCGAUUAUUGUAGUUGGAUUUCUUUUUUUUUUUUUUUUUUUUUUUUGCCCCUGUAAUUUAAAAACGAAACGAACAAACACUACGGCAGCUCGUCAGUGCAUCGAAUGCCAAAUUCAAACCGCGUCAAUUGUGAUCCAUAUCUACAUGUUUACAUGUGUAAAAACAUGGACUUUUCAGAACAAAUGCUUUUUUUCCCUUCCUUUUUUUAUUUUAAUGACUUUUUCUUAAAAGCGGCUCUGAUUUUCACUUUCUAAAGAAAGUGUUAUGUCAUUUAUGUAUUAUCUGUGGAUUCCAUGCAAGUUAUUCCUUCAUCUCCAUUUUAAUACAAGUAUUUAAUAAAAGGGUCUUUUCA